UAGACUGUGAGAAAUUGCAUGUUUUUUUCCUUCGGAUUUGGGGUUGACUACUGUGACGAUAUUGGGUUUUUCACUUUACCUGGUCAGGAUUGCAGUGCUUGACAGCACAUUGGUCUGUGACAGGGCUUCUUUCGUGUGAGAAAAAUUGCCCCUGCUCUCGUCUGAACAGCUAAGCAAAUAGAACUAUGACAGUUUUCACCAACUGUACCGUGGUCUUAGAACUGAAGGAUUUGCCUUUCAAGGAGAAGAAAAAAAUUCGCUUGGCCAUUACAGACAACGGUGGCAGCCUCGCCUAUGUGGUCAACAAGCAGUGUAGCUUCAUAGUGGUGAGCAGCCUGGGAUGUCUGAGCAACAACCGGCAGCAGAGCGCCUGGAAGCACCAGGUGCCGGUGGUGGGGCUGGAGUACGUGCAGGCCUGCCUGGAGCAGAAGGCCCUCCUGCCGGCCCUAGAGCACGUCCUGGUCCCUGUGACCCCCACUCCCCACCCAGCACUCACCAUUCAACCAGUGAGACUGCUGACUACUGAGGAGAAGUCCAAAGAUCAAGAUCCACCCCAGACAAAGAUAGCGAAAAAUCAGGUCAAAAAUGACUCCAACUAUGUUAACAACCAUCGGAUCUUCUCUGAGCAUGACAGAGACCUGCCCUCGUACCCCUCUCACUUCCAGGUGGCCAAGUACUCCAUUCACAGCACUGCUGCUGGGGGCGGUUGGUGUGUACUGGAGCUGCAGAGUGCCACAGGGGAGAAGGGUCCUGUGUUCCGGAUUGUGCGCUACAUGAAACAGGGGGCGCUGGAGCGAGACCAGCUGGUGUUGUGCUGCUGCUCUGAGGAUGCUCUGGAGGUGUAUGAGCAGCUGCAGGACAGACUCAGAGCUGACGACUUCCAGCUGCAGAGACGCCUGCCUCCACAGCAUGAGGACAUGGGUUCUCCCAGCCUGAAGCAGCUGCUGCUGGAGGAGGAGCUGAACUGCAGCACACUGUCACAGGAAGUGGGCGUGUUUGUGGAGCUGGUGUGGGCUGAAGCGAUGGGGAGUCUGACCAAAGUCCUCAAAGUGCCGGCGCUCAGCAUCAGCCCCAAUGAUGUGAGCCGUGCGGAGGGUUUGCUGCUGCAGGUGCGGAGGUCAGAGGAUGCAGCUGAGAGGAAGGUCCUGCUGGAGGAGAUCCGCUCUGUGCUGCCCCACACACUGCCUGAUACCCUCCCUACUGCCAAACUCACCUCUCAGGCACUGGACCUGUGUCAGGUGCUGAGGGACACGCUGGCUGUGAAUGAGGUGGUGAUGAGGAGCUCCAGUCCCUCCAGUCUGGGGAAGUACAGAGCCCUGGGCUGCAGCAUCGAGAGCCUCCCCCCUCAGAGCCCCCACUACCAGAUCGCCACUCAACUGCUGCAGCACAACGACAAGCUGGGGGAGAUUAAGAUUCACAAUGUGUUCCAUGUGCGGCGUGGGGUGGAGCUUCAUAUGUUCAGGGAGGAGCUUGGGAACAUUAAGCCCCUCCUUCACUCCACCAGUCCUGCCAGCUUUGUUGGAAUCCUCUCUCGGGGUCUUCUGCUGCCCCGGGUUGGAGUGGAGCAUCACGGAGUCCAGCGCACAGAUGUGGGGCACCUGGGAGGAGGCAUCUACUUCAGCGACUCCUUCAGCACCAGUGUGAAGUACUCCAGUCCCGGUGUGACGGACGGCUCCCGCCUGCUGCUGGUGUGUGAGGUGGCGCUGGGGUACUGUAGAGAGUUCCGGAAGAAGGACACCACCCUCACCAGCGCCCCUGAGGGCUACGACAGCGUCCACGGGGUCAGCAGCACCCCCAGACAACACUCAGAGUUUGAGGACGAUGAGUAUGUGGUGUUCAGUCCUGACCAGGUCAGGCUGAAGUACGUGGUCCAGUACACGCUGCCAGACGACCAGCUCAAGGACUUCCAGCCGUCUGUUGACACGUCGAUGGAAAACAUCCCUCCAGCAGGAACCUCUGACACAUUGGCGAGUGAGGACGAUGGGGGGUUUGAGGACAUUAAGAACCCUCUGGACAGCGUGACUGCUGGUCUCCUGGACAGCGCUGGACAGAUGCUCCCCCUGCAGGCCCUCCAUGUGAGGUGCAAGCUGGUGGACCUGCUGUCUCAGGUCAUCAUCUUCCAGACGUACUCCAACCCGAACUCCAUGCCCAUAGAGGCCAAGUAUGUUUUCCCCCUGGAAGAGUCUGUUGCUGUGUGUGGUUUUGAAGCCUUCAUUAAUGGGAAGCAUGUGAUCGGACAGGUGAAGGAGAAGGAGGAGGCCCAUAAGGAGUACAAGCAGGCCAUAGCAAAGGGCCACGGGGCUUACCUCAUGGACCAGGAGGCUCCUGAUGUGUUCACCAUCAGCGUGGGGAAUCUUCCUCCCGGUGCCACCGUCCUCAUCAAGGUCACCUUCAUCUCUGAGCUGCUGGUGAAGCACGGCGACAUCUACUUCCAGUUGCCCGGGAGCGUGGCGCCAUGGCAACAGAGUGCUGCAUUCAAUGAGAAGACACAGGGUACUGUGGAGAAGGUGUGUGUGAGUGAAUUCAAUGGGGACUUCUCCCUCAGUAUGUCCAUUGAGAUGCCUUAUGAGAUAGCCGCUCUGUUAAGCGGACACCGUAUUCAGUCCAAGAUGACGGCCUGUAAAGCGAUGGUUAGCAUGAUGCCUGGAGAGACGCUGGGUUCUGAUGGGUUCUUCUGCUACAUCUGUCUGUCUGAGAUGCACAUGCCCCGCAUGUGGGUGGAGAACCACCCUGACAAGGACAGCCAGGCCUGUAUGCUGGUGUUCUACCCCGACUUCGGGGCCCUCCGUGGGGCCGGAGAGGAGCUCAGCCCUGGUCCUGCUGGUCCUGCUGGUCCUGGUGGGGGUGGGGUGCAGGAGGUGCUGCUCCUGCUGGACUCCUCUGAGUCCAUGCGGGGGGAGACCCUGCUGAACGCACGGCACAUCGCCCUGCACCUGCUCAGCAAACUGAACGAAACUCUGUCAGUUCAGAAACUCAAGAUCAACAUUGUGCUGUUUGGGACAGAUCAUAAGGAUGCCUUCAUGUUCUCCAAAGUUCUUGGGGAUGCCUACGAACCAGCUAAGGACUUCAUCAAGACCUCCCCACCAGUGGGGGGCAGCACUGAGCUGUGGCGGCCCCUGCGCAGCCUGAGUCUGCUGCCUCCAUCCCGGGGCAGCAGGAGCCUGGUGCUGCUAUCUGAUGGCCACGUGCAAAACCCCACCCUCACCCUGCAGCUGGUCCGCAGCAACGCUGCACAUACACGCCUCUUCACCUGUGGCCUCAGUAAGACGGCCAACAGACACAUGCUUCGAGCUCUUGCCCAGGCAGGGGGUGGAGCCUAUGAGUUCUUUGACACGAAGUCCCGUCACACGUGGUCAGAGAAGGUGGAGUCGCAGGUGAGUCGCUUGGUGUCUCCAGGCUGCAGCUCGGUGGCCGUGAAGUGGCAGCUGUUCAACCCAACAGCGCCCCCUCCUGUUCAGGCCCCUGCACAGGUCCACGCCCUCUUCAGCAACUGCCACACCUUAGUCUACGGCUUUGUACCCCACUGUACACAGGCCACUCUCUAUGGGGACCUGUGUGGGCAGGAGAUUAAGACCAUGGUGUCCACCACAGAACUGCAGAAGACUAAGGGCACGUUUCUUCACAAGCUCACAGCACGAGCAGUCAUUAGAGAUUAUGAGGAUGGUAUUCUUCACAUGGAUGAAGCUGAACAUGAGGGGAAGAAAGCGCAGAUGAAGUCCUUCAUCGUGGAGCUCAGCAAAGAGUUCUCCGUCCUCUCCCAGUUCACCAGCUUUGUGGCCAUCGAGGAGAGGGAUGCACAGAAGCCUGAGGAGGGCUUCACAGACAUCCCCAAGCUGAUUGCAGAAGAGGACGUGGACCUGCUGCCCUACAUGGACUGGGAAGAGACACUGCGUGGUUGUGGGUACUACGGUUCCAGCUCAUCGAGUUCUGAAGAGGAAGAGAUGAUGCCAAUGCAAGCUACUUGCUUGUCAAAGGCAGUGGACCUCAAAGGCCUUCUCUCUGAGGAUGAAGAGGAAUGUUCAGAACAUUCUUGGGGGGAGCUAGAGUUUUAUACAGAUUUGGAUGCACAGAAGCCUGAGGAGGGCUUCACAGACAUCCCCAAGCUGAUUGCAGAGGAGGACAUGGAGUUGCCAAACUACUUGUAUUGGGGCGGUCCCAGCUCAUCGAGAUCUGAAGAGAAAGAGUCCUGCAAACUCUCUGGUCCUCUCUUUGGAGGUCAAGGCGUCAAGGUCCUCUCUGCCCCUAGUUCCUCCUCUGCCUCUAGUUCCUCCUCUGCCUCUGACUCACCUCCACCUCUCUCCGCCUUUGAUCACAUAACCCUCACAAUGGUCGGCGCCUGUGCCCCUACCUCUGCCUCUGCUCCUUCCCCAGCCCCUCCCCCUCUCCCCCCCACUGCCCAGGGACUUUUUGGUUGCUCCUCUGUCUCUCACCCACCUCCAUCUCCUCCUUUCUCCUUUGCUCGCAAACUCAGAUCCGCUGCCGGCGUCUCUGUCUCUGCUCCUAUCCCAGCCCCUCCCCCUCCCCCUCCCCCCGCCCAGGGCUUUGCUUUUGGUGCUGCACACUCUGUUGACUUUGGUUCCUCCUCUGCCUCUCAUCCACCUCCACCUCCACCUCCUCCUUUCUCCGCCUUUGCUUGCAAAACCUUCAGAAUCGCCGGUGCCACUGCCCGCAUCUCUGUCUCUGCUCCUGCCCCAGCCCCUCGCCCCUCACGCAAAUUGGGCCUAGAUACUAAAUCUGACGUGGAGAUGGAAGGGGUGGAGGUGGAGGUGGACUCUGGGGUGUCUGUCUCUCUGCCCCCGUCAGCAGACUCAGGCUCACAGGGGAGGAGUAUGAGGGCGAGGGAGAUGCGUAGGUCUACGCAAAAGAGGGCAACAGCAAUCUUCGGAGAUGAAGACGAAGAUCCACCCCUCAUUUUUGCUGAUCAAAGGAUGGGCAGGAGGAUCAGCCCCAGAGCAUCGUGGGAUCAGCUGGCACAUCUCCAGAGCCCUGAGGGAUACUGGGAAUGCACUGCUGAGGUGGGAUUGGUCCUGGGUGUUGAUCUGAACUUCUUUGCCAACGUUUUCCUUAAAGAAAAGGGCAUCUCAUCUCUGGGCCCCAAGGCCCAGGCUGCCAUCCUGAGGCUGGUGUCCACCCUGCUGGUCCUGCAGCUGGUGCGCGUCAAGAAGCUGGUCCAGGGAGAGCUGCUGCAGUCUCUGUUCCGCCUCAGAGACCCUCCUGAAGACAAAGACAGCUCUUCCGAGUGGGAGGCCCUGAAGCGGGCGGUGGACUGGGUGCGCUGGGCAGACAGGCAGUACCCGUGCGUGUGCAGCCGGCUGGAGUUCGGCCGCGACUGGGAGUCGUCCACUCGACAGCUGCUGGGAUUCGACCGCCCACACCCCCUCUCCCCCCUCAACCCUCUGCUGGAAAGGAGCAGAGCCAUACCGGCCUGCUAGAAACACACACACACAAACACACGCACACACAAACACACAGACACACACACACACACACACACACGCACACACACACGCACACACAUAAACACACAAACACACACACACACACACACACAAACACACACGUUGUGUGUUUGAUCUGAAUCAAUCUUCUAAAUUGUCUGUAAACCACUGGGGAGUGUCUAAAAUUAUUCAAACAUCAAUGUUAUAGUUAAAGUGUGAUACAGUGUGUCAUUUUCUGCAAAGUUUUACCUCGACAGUACCUUAAAAACUAUUAUAAUAAGGUCCACCUUACUGUAUUCCUUAAAUCGGAAAUCUGUACGGUUUUCAUCUUCCUUUCAGUCUGUUUACAUUAUGUGUAUUCUCAGUACGCUAACUAGAGUAUGCUUCAAAUUACAUUUCGUUCGUUGACAAAUCUGCCCACAGCAUGGAUAUACUACUUAAUAUAUAACCGAUAUAAAAUACAAAAGUUUACUUUUACAUGUGUUAUGUCUAAUAUAUUUCUUCACUUGCUGCCUGCCUUCACUGGAGAUACAGAAAUGUUACCUCUGUCUGUACGUCUGUGCGGGUCAGUGAUGUGUCAUCAGAUCAGUGUAUAUCAGACUGAUUAAAAACCAUGCCAAUUUUCACCAAAUAGUUCAAGUAGGCUAUAAUUGUCUUUAAUAUAAUGUGUAUUAAUCAUGAUCAAAAACCUGUGAGCUGAUUCAAAAAUAUUUAGUAAGAAGUAAAUAAACGUCUGUCAGUAAGUAAGUGAUCAAUGUA